UGUGACGAUCGCGAUUGUUUGAUCGCGCGAUCACGACCGCGGUCACUUUUCCGCGAUCGCGACAGCGAUCGCGAUGAUUUUACAAAAACGCGACCGGGAUCGGGAUCGCAUGAUAAAAAUCUUGCGAUCAAAUUUGCGAUCAAUUAGCGCCAUCUUAUGUUGAUUUUUAAAAACUUACAAAUUAUUAGUGCAACUGCAAAUUACUUAACUGUAAUGACUGACAGUUUGACAGCUAAUAGUAAGAGUAACUGUUUGUUCAAUCGUGCACGAUAGCUUUAAUUUUACUUCAAUCUACUGCAAUGUCGAAUGGAAAUGGAAUUAAAAGGCAUUUCAGAGGUGUGCCUAAAACACCUGCUACCGUGCAAUCUGAUGAAGAAUCAAGUUCAAAUGAUUCGUCCACAGUUAUGUGUGUUUUUUUCAAUUAUAUGUUCAAAAGCAACUACACCAGAAAGUGAAAGUGAGGAAAGUGAUGAUGCCCAACCACCAAGAAAGAAGGCAAAGAAAGAUUUUUUUAAGUCUUUAAAUCCCAGAAAGGCCCUUGAAACAGAAGAGCUUGAUAGAUUUUUAAGUGAUGGAUCGGCGGCAUCUGAAUCUAUUUUAAAUUUUCCAAUUUUAAGUCGGUUGUUCUUACGAUACAACACUGCUCUUCCUUCAUCAGCAUCCGUCGAAAGACUGUUUAGUGUUGCUGGAAGUAUUUUUAAGCCAACUCGAUCAAGGCUGAAGGACAAAAACUUUGAAAUGCUACUUUUUCUUAAAGUGAAUGGGGAUUCUAAUUUCUUGUAAAUGUGUAAUUAAUCAGAUAUGAAAUAAAUUUUUGCAUGUA